AUGUCUUCACAAGUUGAUAUUGAGGCCGUCCGAGCCCGGUUCCCUGCUUUGGCUCAGGAUCAAGUUUUCUUUGACAAUGCUGGCGGUAGUCAGACUCUGGGAACUGUCAUCGAUGCUAUACGGGAUUAUCUCUCUCAGACAAACGUUCAGUUGGGAGCUUCAUACAGAGUGGGCCAGCGCUCAACUGCUCUCUACGGCGAAGGUUACCAAGCCGGAGCUAAGUACAUCAACGCGUCUCCAGACGAGAUCGUUUUUGGAGCGUCAACGACUCAACUCUUUAGGAAUGUUUCACACACUCUCUCCUUCAGCAAGGGCGACGAAAUCAUCAUCUCAGGCGUUGAUCACGAAGCUAACAUCGCUUCCUGGGUCGACCUCGCUGCCCGUCAGGACCUCGUUAUCAAGUGGUGGAAGCCCGAGAGCCCCACCAACCCCAAGCUCACCGUCGACAACCUCAAGCCUCUGCUGUCUGAGAAGACCCGCUUGGUGACCUGCACCCACGCAAGCAACAUACUCGGCACCAUCCACGAUGUGGGGGCAAUUGCAUCCGCUGUUCAUGAAAGCACGCCAAACGGCCUCGUUUGUGUGGACGGCGUAGCUUACGCUCCUCACAGGCCUAUCGACGUCAAGACAUUGGGUGUUGACUUUUACGCCUUCUCGUGGUACAAGGUCUAUGGCCCCCAUACGGCCAUGCUGUACGCCAGCCGCAAGGCGCAGGAUAACCAGAUGCGUUCUCUCGGCCACUUCUUCAACCAGCACGAAACCCUCGAGGGUAAGCUGGGGCUUGCCGGAGGUAGCUAUGAGCUGAUUUCGUCUGUGCCGAAAGUGCUAGAGUACCUUGGUACCCCUCAGUCUGGUGGCUGGAAGGGCAAAAUCGAGCAGGAGAGGCAGCUACAGUUGAAGCUGAUCGACUAUCUUAACAGCCGGGGGGACGUCACUAUCUACGGCGAAGACAAUGCCGACACGGAUCGCCGUGUCCCGACCAUCAGCUUCAGAGUGAAGGGGUGGGGUGCCAAGGAGCUGGUCACGGCUGUUGAGAAGGACACCAAUUUUGGGUUCAGAUGGGGACACUUUUACUCCUACCGCCUCUUAAAGGACAUUCUUGGACUUGACCCCACCGACGGCAUCGUUCGAGUCAGCAUGGUUCACUAUAAUAGCCUGGAUGAGAUCAACAGCUUCAUUUCCGCACUGGACAAAGCGUUGUCGGAAAAGAAGUAG